AUGCGUAGUGCAAACAGAUGUGUGGGAAACGUCUCCCAGGUCGAGAUUGAAACGGUAGCUAAUGAAGAUUCGGAUCCCGACUCGGAUUCGUCGAUUGAAAAUAGUGUGGAGUAUGCUCCUCUUGGGUUUUCCAUUGUUGCGGGCGUUCCAGCAAAGGCGCAAUAUAAACCCAAGGGAGUAGCUCGUUCUAUCGACGAAUCCGAAGAAAGCGAUAGAGAGUUGAGCUUUUCAGACGCGCCUCUUGUUGUAACGCUUCAAGAUAAUCGAAGCCGGGCAUUGGUUCAACGUCGCCAGGAAGAAAGCAUUGAGGCGGUUGAAUCCGAACCUGAGGUCGAGCCAACCGAGGAUGACGGAAAAGAAGAACAACUCAACGCGAUUGUUAUUAGCAAUUUAGUGAAACGCUUGAGGGACCCCAAUGCUCAAGUGACUACGAGAGACUUUGAAAAUCUUGAAUGGGAUGAUCCAAAUUUUGAAGACGAGCUGAAAACAUUAAAACAAGUGGCAACUUAUAUUGAAGUAAAAGAGACCAGGUUGAAGAUGGCCAAGGACAACACCCUGGAAACUUCAUCGGUUAUAAAUCAAAAGAUAGAAGAUGCCGUUAUGACGCUUCCAGAGAUUACAGUUGUGAGAGUCAAGGACCAGGCUGUGGAGCAAGCGAGAACUUAUGCCUUGCCGAAUAAAGUUGGAAAAGAAACAAUGACACCAGCAUACCCAAAUAAACCCCUUUUGGGAGCCAACUCUGCAAAGGUUAUUAUGGUUGGUAGCAAUGGUAAGGUUCAAGUACUGACCAAAGAGGCUUACUUGGGUUCUCGUGCUGCCAGAAAGACGAAGAUGACUGAAAGUAUGUUGCUGACGCUAGACGACAGUGCGGCGGCAAUGGCUUCCAAAGAGGCUUACUUGGGUUCUCGUGCUGCCAGAAAGACGAGGAUGACUGAAAGUAUGUUGCUGACGCUAGGCGACAGUGCGGCGGCAAUGGCUUCCAAAGAGGCUUGUGUAGGCUCUCGCGACGUGGAGAAAAAGAAAAGGGUGGAUCAAUUAUUAUCUUCUCAAACUAACAUUCCCCUUACAAAGGAGGCCACCUUUGGUGAAGAGGAGAAACCGAUGCGUAGAAAGCGUAAGGGGAAUUUUUGCCAUCAGUCAGUUGUUAUCAGCGAGGUUCCGGAUGUGUGCAAUGAUGAAAUUGUUGAGACAGAGUACAUGAAUACAGAGGUUUUGGCAGGUGACACGGUUGAAGAAUUCAAUAAGAUAAGUAGAUUGCCGAGGCAGAGGCAGUUGUCCUGCAGGAAUCCAGGCAUUUGCUCGGUAACUGAAAUUGUACCUGAUGCACCAGGAAGGAAUCAUACUGCAAAGGAGGAAACCGCUGCUCCAGAGAAAAAAACGCACGAAGUUGCAAGGCAGCGACGUCGGCGCGUUAACAAAAAUCGUUCAAUUACCUUUGCGGACGUUGUGGAUACGGAAGAGGUAGAGGGCGUUGUUGAAGCGUUGGAGGCGCAAGCUAUUUCUGAACCAUGCCAGGACAAGCAUUCAAAGGAAUCCCGCGGAGGCAAGCGCACACGGCAUCGACAUUCAAGAAAUGAUGUUUCUCGCAGUAACAUUUCUUUUUCAAUUAUCCCUGAUGAACUUGCGGACGCCAUUGUGGAAGAAGACCAAGCGACACAAGUCUCCUUAAAUGCAACACGAAAUUCUGGUAAAUCUUUAACGGAAAAGGAGAAUCCUACCAUCGUGCCGCGGCGUCUCACGGAGGCAACCGGUGCUGGGGAUACUGGGAAAGCGAACGAUGGUAAAUCAGCUAACAAGAAACGUAGGCAUCGUCAUGCAUCGGCCUGCCACAGGUCACGUGAAUUGGAGUGCUCGUUAGUUCCAGAUGCGAUAUGGAGUGAGAUAGCUGAGAGAGAGGAUGCCUUGGAAUUAACCAACAGAAAGUCUGUUGCUGGCGCACAGCUAGGAGAGGAACGCUCCUCAGGCCUUCAUCGCGGCGCAACCGACCCUACUUUACGAUCCUUGGCGCUUGGGGGUUCUGCUAGGCGUCGGAAUUCUUUCACCGGGGCACACAACAAGUUGAAUACGUCUUCCAACUUUGCCGUUUUGCCGGAACCGGAGGCAGGUGAGGCUCCAGAUGGCGGCAUGGGCCCCAGAAGAGAGGCCAAGGCAACGAACGACGGGGAAUCCGCACCGAGUGCGAAACGCAAGACCCACAAACCGCGUCGUGCGCGAAAGAACAACCCCAAUCGCUCUUCGACAAGUUUCGUUCUUGUGGACGAAGAGGAAGUCGUCGAGAUGAAAGAAAAGGUGGACGAGAACCUCGAUACCUCCGUUUCCAAGAGAAACGUGGCCAAGGCGGGAGCAACGCGGACGGCAUUGCCCAGACGUCGGGAGCGGAGACGCAAGUCUGCAGGCGGCAGCAUGGUUUCCAUUGAAAUUUCAGGCUUGGAGACCAUGGAAGAUACUCUCGACAGUACACUUAACAACACCGUGAAAGUGUCGAGAGUUAAGUGA